GCGCAGACGACAGUACCUAUAUCUACCAACAAAUCAUACUUACGCUGCUGUUGUCAGAUACAUACAGUUGGACAGUUCUUUUCGAUUAGGAUGGUCCGGAGCAUUUUAGUUAUUUACAAGAGCCGUUUCAGUGAUGUGUGACCAAAUCAUCAUAUGAAUACAAAUCGUUUACUUAGUCAAGUAUGACCAAUGAGAUGGAACCAAGUUCCAAUGAUGUGGGAUGUAAUGGUAAUAGUCUUCAAAGUACCGCAGCCAGUAAUAUGAUGCAGAAUGAAGACGUCAAAAGAAAAGUUAGCAUUUCACAAGCUGCGAUACAAGCUGAUAUGGAAAAGCAAAAGAGAAAUAACAGCUUAAUUUCGUCCAAGUCCAACACAACUCUCAGCGAUGGAAGCAAUAACUGCUACAUUAAUCCAACGUUUCAGCAUUGCCCAUUUGAAAAACGGGCUAGUUCAUCAUCUCAUAACGAUCUGAAACCGAAAAAUCCUCUCGAGGCUACUGCAAGAUCUGAAAUUUCUCAAACUGAACGUUCGUGGUGGUAUGUAUUCUGUAUGAAGUGCCGGCAAAAAGAGGUUGGGCCAGGCUGGGAGCCGAAUUUUUGGCCCAGACUGUGCCCCCAUCCGUUCUGCCCCGCUUAUAGACAAUUUGCUCGAAUCGUUGCCUUAUUUGUGAUCGGAUUAUUGAUAUGGAGUUUCGCAUUUUUCGUUAUUGGUACAGAAGCCGCACCCGGAGGACAACUUUUCAACAUCGCUUUAUUGUGCUUAACGGCCCAUUUUGUCGGCUGGUUUUUUCGUAUUGUUACGUUACCAUCGCUUCUUGGUAUGCUAAUCACUGGGAUUGUCUUUCAAAAUAUUGGUUUAAUUAGUAUUAGCCCAGAAUACGGCAAGAUGACUUCUUUAUUGAGAAAAGUAGCUCUGGUGGUACUCCUGACCAGAGCUGGAUUAGAUUUGGAUCCAGAAGCUCUUAAAAAAUUGUACUUACGAGUUAUUACUCUCGGUUUAGUUCCUUGGACGUUGGAAGCGGUCAUGAUGGCCUUGUUAGCUCAUUACUUCCUUUUUUUGCCUUGGUUAUGGGCUAUGCUUCUAGGAUGUAUUAUAGGUGCUGUUGCGCCGGCGGUAGUUGUACCUUGUUUAUUUAGAUUACGUAAUAAGGGCUACGGAGUAGUCAAAGGGAUACCUACUUUGAUAAUUGCAGUAGCUGGUAUCAACGACGGAUUAUCUGUUGCAUUUUUCGGACUUUUCCACAGCAUUAUGUUUUCACACCAUUCAUUAGUGUAUGAUUUAUUUAUCGGACCCAUGUCAAUAGCUGUUGGCUUAGGAUUUGGCGCGGUUUGGGGAAUUUUUGCGAAGUACAUUCCAGAAGGAGACGAUCCGUUUGUAGUUCCUCUAAGAGUACUGAUGUUAUUUUUUGGUGGCGUGGUUGCAGUAUUCGGUAGCGAAGCGUGUGGAUUCGAAGGAGCUGGUCCCUUGGGAGUAAUUUCUGCAGCUUUUGUUUCAAUAUAUUGUUGGUCUCAUCAAGGGUGGAAUAUCGAAGAUAACCCAGUUGCAACGGCAUUUGAAAUAUUCUGGAUGCUGUGUGAACCUAUUUUAUUCAGUUUAACUGGAGCGCAAGUGGUUUUAAAUGAACUCCAGCUUGACACAGUCAUUCAUGGGGCAGCUUUUAUCCUGAUUUGCUUUGUUGCCAGAGUGGCGUUCACGAUGUUGAUUGCAGCAGGUAGUUCAUUGAAUACUAAGGAAAAAUUAUUUGUCGCUUUAUCUUGGAUGUCGAAGGCUUCCGUUCAGGCCGUUUUAGCGCCUGCUGCCUUAGAAUCUGUGAGGAAGGCCGGGAAAGAUAAGGAAGCCGAUUUGCCUCACGCUGACAAAUUGGUCACGAUAUGCAUUAUGGCUAUGUUAAUAACAGUGCCUAUUGGGGCCAUAUCCAUUACCAGCUUAGGUACAAGACUGUUAACCAAAACUAAACAAGUUGUCCCUGUUGAAGGAUGGAGACGUAGUGCCAGACCUUCGUUAAGAGAUAUAACAAUAAUAGACGAAGAAGUAGAAAACUACGACACUGACGAUAAUGAAACUGAGAAAAACAACGGUAAACUACAUUUAUCGAGCGAUAAUGAGCAAGAUUUGAACGACGUAACUACGCCAGUUUUCACUCACGUCAAUUAGAUUUUUCCCUAUCGCAAUUUUACUCAUUAUGGUAUCCAAAAAUGUCUCUCCUAUUUGGUUUUGUUUUGAAGAAUGUAUUCUGCAAUUCAAAGUUUUACAUUUGUAUCGAAGUUUACGAAUAUUUCAAAUGAAUUUGUGUAUGUCAUUGAGGUCAAUUUUUCAAAAUGUAAAUUUUUUCAUUUGUAUUUUAAUUAUUGUAAAUAAAUGAUCAAUUUUUGUUUCUGAUUUUAUAAACUAGGUAGGUAUUCUAUAUGAUAUUUUAAUUAUGUUGGUAGGUCUAUCUGUCUAUGCUUCCAAUUCAUAUCGUGAUUUCUUAGAAUAAUCUACGUAUAAUUUUCUUCUUUUGUGUUUAAAAUAUGUCAUCACUGUCAUGUUAUUUUCUUUAGUUUGAAACCAACAUCAUUAUAAUAUACCUAUUUUUUUUCUUGUUAUACUUACAUUGCAUAAAAUGUACCUAUAGAUAUUAGAGUUUCAGGCUGUGAACAAUUUUAAACAUUCCAUUUUUUUAAAAAUUGUAUCAAAAUGUUUUCCGAAGUCGAAUUGUAUAAGCAAUAAAUCUAAGAACUAAUUUUUAUUA